AUCUUCUUCCCAGCAUCCAUCCAUUAUUACAUUCAGAAAAAUUGACUGUUUCAAUUCCAUCAAUUAUUAAAACGUCCUCUGCUUUUCGAAACAACUGCCCUGCCCUAAUUAUUUCCAUCUCAAUUUUUGUCCGAAAAAAGAAAAGAAAAAGAUACGAGCAGCUCUGGUUUCGAUUAUUCGCGAUUUCGAGGUUUCGGUGAAACUUUUUUUUUUGGGGGAAAAUGGCUGCUUCAGUUAUGGGGUCAAUUUCGUGGGCUCAAAUUAGGGAUUCGAAAUUGAGGAAUGGGAAUUGCAAGAAAGUGGGAUUUAGGGUUUCGUGUCUGUCGUCUUCUUCCAUAAUCAGCGAUUCUUACAGGACUUUGAAGAUCAAUCCUGGUGCAUCCGAAUCCGAGGUUAAAAAGGCAUUUAGGCAGCUUGCUCUUAAGUAUCAUCCAGAUGUGUGCAGAGGAAGCAAUUGUAGAGUUCAGUUUCACCAAAUUAAUGAAGCAUAUGAUGUUGUGAUGAGUAAUCUAAGAGAGGAGCCACAAAUGGAGAUCUACGAGCAAUCCGAUAAUGUGGAAUCCGACGAGGCGGUGAGGGGAAUGUACGGCGAGGAUUGGGAGUUGUGGGAAGAGUGGAUGGGGUGGGAAGGAGCCGGUAUUCGCGACUACUCGUCCCACAUCAAUCCUUACAUAUAAUCUCGACCAAUUGUCGAUAUAUAUGUAUACAUAUAGCACUUGUAUGUAUAUGUAUAUGUAUAUGUAUAUGUAUAUGUAUAUAUGCUUGUAUAAAGUUUGUAUAGAUUGAGGUUGUCCGGCAUGUCGAAGAAGACGUGGUAUCGAUAGCCCUUGUGAUAAUAAAAUGUAAGUAUGUGAGCAUCUAGCUCUUUCCAUCCUAAUUAAAUAGUGAUGAAUGUUGGGUA